AACACAAAUCAUAUAAGAAUUUGAGUUAAAUAAUUAACAAUGGGUCCCACCUAGAUCAAACUUUUCAUGUUGAAAAAAAAAAAUCUACUAAAUAAAAUGGCCAAGUCCCAAAAACCAUCGGUGCAAUAAUAUAUUCAUUCAUUUUUCUCCUUUUAUCACUCCUGUCUUUCUCCCUCUCUGCUGUCUUCUCAGCUUUUGCAAUUAAUAACAUCACACCAUUUCCUUCUUGUUCUUCCACACAACACCACACGCCUCAUUCAACCUUUUUCUAUGCUCUCAUUCUCAAACCUCUUUCCUACUUUUUCUAACAAAGCCGGUUUCUUUAUCCAUUCAUAUAGCUUACGGCAAAUUUCGCAUUUGACCGAGUAAAAAAGGAGCUAGUUUCCAACAGCAACAAGGUGUGAAUUUUUUUAAUAGUGAAAGGAUCUUUGGAAUCAGGAUUGUUUACUCAAUUGACUAAGUUUGGAAUCUCAGAGUUUUUUCAAGUGAGAUCUAUGGUACAAAAGUAAUGAACAUAGCAUGAUAUUCAUCUAAAGUGUUUUUCUUUCUGGAACUGAGAAAAUGGGGUGUUGUGUCUCAACAAGCAAUAAAAGUAAUGACGGUUCGCAUAUUCCAUCUUGUCUUGAAAUCGGGUUGUGUGGUCAAAAGAAAGCAAGAAGAACAUUCUCUGAUCAUGUUGUAUCUUUGAACAAGUUAGCAUCCUUACCAAACAGAAUAUUUAGUAAUGGAAAGAGUCGGUCUUCUUGUAUAUUUACGCAGCAGGGUCGUAAGGGUGUUAAUCAGGAUGCUAUGAUUGUAUGGGAAGAUUUUGUGUCAGAAGAUGCGAUCUUCUGUGGUGUGUUUGAUGGCCAUGGUCCAUACGGUCACCUAGUAGCGCGUAAAGUUAGGGAUGCCUUGCCCAUAAAAUUGCUUUCAUUUUUGGAUUCAUCUGAGUCGAGGCGAAAUGAAUCCAGUAAAGCUUUUUCCAAGGACAUAAAGUUUGAAAGUGGAGAAGCUGAGAAUAAUUUCUCUGGUGAGGAUGAGGUGAAUUCUAUGUGGAGAGAAGCUUUCAUGAAGGCAUACAAGGCCAUGGACAAAGAGUUGAAGUCUCAUGCAAAUUUGGACUGUUUUUGUAGUGGAAGCACAUCUGUGACUAUCGUGAAACAGGGUUCAAAUUUGUACAUGGGCAAUAUUGGUGAUUCAAGAGCAAUCAUGGGAUCCAAGGACAGCAAUGACUCGAUGGUUGCAAUUCAGCUGACAGUUGAUUUAAAACCUGAUUUGCCAAGAGAAGCUGAAAGAAUUAAAAAGUGCAAGGGUAGGGUAUUUGCAUUGGAAGAUGAACCAGAAGUUUGUAGGGUGUGGCUACCUUUUGAUGAUGCACCUGGAUUAGCAAUGGCUAGAGCAUUUGGCGAUUUUUGCUUGAAGGAGUAUGGUGUGAUUUCUGUACCUGAAUUUACGCACCGGAUUCUCACAGACCGAGAUCAGUUCAUUGUUCUUGCCUCGGAUGGUAUAUGGGAUGUUCUGAGCAAUGAAGAGGUUGUGGAAAUAGUAUCAUCAGCACCAAGUCGAUCAUCAGCAGCGAGGGUUCUGGUGGAAUCUGCCGCACGAGAGUGGAAACUUAAAUAUCCAACUUCGAAAAUGGAUGACUGUGCUGUUGUGUGUCUAUUUUUGGAUGGGAAAAUGGACUCAGAAGAAUCAGAUUGUGAUGAACAAUGCUAUUCUUCCGCAACCAUCCAAAGCAACAGACAUUCAGGUAAUCCAGUUGAGUCGGAUGAUGGUCAAAAGUCCGAGCCUUCUUUACAAAGGAACUUCACUGUGAGAACCUCAGAAUUUAAUGAGACAUGUAUAGGAGGAGGAAAAGGAGGAGAGUCUGUCGAUGUUGAAGAUGGAACAUCAUUAGCUGAAGAUCAAAACUGGUUAGGUCUAGAAGGUGUCACCCGAGUAAACUCACUGGUACAACUUCCUAGAUUUUCUGAAGAACGACCAAACUCUUGAAAUUUGUUUAUUCAGUUGAAACUCUUUGGUGUAAUGGUUAUAACAAUACGGUGAAUUCAAGAAGAAUUAUUUUUUUACUUGGUUAAUUACUUGUAGUAAAUGACGAUUAAUAUUCAGUUGUGAAAAA